AUGGAUACCAAGACACCCACCGCCAGCCUCGUCGAGAGGUAUCAGAAACAAGUUCUUGAUGGCAUUACAGUGGUCAAUGAGAAACUCUUUUCAUUAUCGUACUCCUGCAGAAAGAAGUACCUCUCAGAACUUCUACCAGCCUUACAUUCACGGAUCAAAGAAGUUGAUUCUUAUAUCGAGGAACUCGGUGCACCAGAUCGAACUGAGGAACUUACAUUCAUGCGUGUUGUUCAACAGGAUUUCCUGCGUACAAUCCAUUUUGUCCAAAACUUACUCGACGAAUACAAGCAACAGAGGGUUCUCUUAAAUUUCCGCGAGCAAUCUACCACUACCCAGAAUCCUACGAUGCCAUCUUCAACCGUCAAAUCCGAAGCACUUGAUGCCCGCAGCUCAUUGUCAACAGGUCUCAAGCCCGGCGAGCCUCCCUUUUUGUUACCAAAUAUGGAAGUCCUCAAAUCUGAAACAAAUGCGGAGGAACCUGUCAAAAGAAGCAUUCUACGUCAACCUCGCGAGAGAUUUCCAGAGCGUGGCGUACCAGUUCACGAGGAAGGAGGCCAGGUCAAGGCCAUGAAGGAUGAUUUGGGUCAAAGCAGAGAUUGA